AUGAAUCCAAACAAAAUUGAAGAGGACGUUGUUUGCCAAAUGGGUCCACCGCCGCCCCACCAUGAACAGUUCUUGGACCCUCAAACUCAGCCGUCCAUUGACGAUGAUGCUUUCUCUCUCACCGGAAUCGAUUUCUUCCCGGAUGAUGACGAUUACGACGACGACGACGACGUCAGCCACACGUCAUCUGAUGCUGAAUUCCCCCGUAACGGUGCCCCAUCUCGAAACCCUAAUUUGCCGGAUUUUGCUGUAAUUAGUGGCGUUAGAAGCAAUAAGAGGGCAAUUGACUACCCACGGCUGCAUAUUAGCGCUGAGCCUUACGUAUCGUCUCAAUUCUACACUUUCAAUAAGGAAUCCCAUGCCUUGAUGAUCCAAUGCUUGACUGAAGGCCGGGUUGCUUCGCCGGACGAGAUCCGGGCAGUGACUCCUGAUGACCUGCUCGCUAGCUGGAGAUCGGUGUGGAAAGACCGGAACGAGGAUACAGCCUAUUUGACUGCGUGGAAGCGUAUCCAGGACAAGCUCACCGUCCAUGUUGCUGACCCGGCCUCGGCUGUCGCCACUCCUGGUAAUAGCCGCUUUCUCUGCUUCAAGAAUAAUUUGAAUCAAUUUGUUUCCCAUGUUGAUCAAUGGCAGGAUAUAGUCAUGUCAUUUCAUGGUGUUGAGGAUUUAAGACACUUAGGGCUUAGAGAAACCAUAGAGAAAAUCAAACAGGUCUGGACUGUGGGUGCUAAAUUUUAUGGGAUUCCUGAGAGUUAUAUCAGGACUUGUGUUGCAGCCUGCCUAUUGUGCGCAAAUGACUCGUCUGGGUGUGCGCCUCGAUCCAAGAGGAGGAAGUUUGAAUAUACCGAGUCUUUUGAUGUUCCCGCUAAGGAAGUGCCUUUUAAGUUGCAACAGUUGGCUGUGAAGCAUAAGGUGGUGUUGUGCAUACGACAGAAGUAUAUAAGGUACAAGCCAUUUAUGGCUGAGGUUAAGGAUUACGCGUGCCAUAGAGCUGGCGAGCCUGCAUCCUUGAAGAAAUCACGGAUUAUGAAAAGGGAGCCCUAUGUUUCCAAGCGAUGUGGGUGUGGUUUUCGGAUACGAGCAAUAGUUCCUAUAUCCAAUUACAAUGAGAGGGAAAAGACAUUUGUCUACGAGGAUGAGGGGACAGCUGUGUUUAAGCUGUACGCGGUGCAUUCAGGGCACAGGCCUGGGCCAUUGGAUGGUAAUGCAAGGAUUAUGCAUCGAAUGGUAGGGCAUAAAGGCAGUGUUUUGAUGGAUAAUGAGAUUAUGUACGGGGUGGCAGAAGAAGGGGAAAGUGACGAUUUUGGGUUCUUGGGAAAUGAUCCCAGGGAUCUACAGCAUUUGGCUUUGCAACGUGUACGGGAACUAAGGAAAGAGUUAGGGUUUCUUGAAGGGCAAAUAAGGAGAACCCCACCCCAGUUGUUGGGGUCUUUGGUGCAUGAACUCUCAGACAUGGUGGGUAAGCUUAGAAAUGCAGGAGAUGAUGGCUCAAAAUCUGUUGGGUUGCUGUCAGAGAAGCAACAUCUAGGUGAUGUCUUGGUGGUAGAGCAUGAUUUACCAGAUUGGGGUGAUGUCCAUCACCUGAACAUCUAUGGGGAUGGCAAAGAUGUAAAUGUUUUUGAAGAUGAUGGGGAAAGCUUUGGGAGGACUGUUGGGGAGGUUACUUCUUGGGAUCUGAUGACACAGUAUAAGAACGAGAAGAAUGUGCUUGGUGAAGCUUGCCAACAAAAAAAGUGGUUGAAAUGUGAUGCGAAUGAUGAGAAGGGUAUUGUUGGCUGCAGUGAUUCUAAGCUGAACAAACUCUUGAGUCACGAGAUGAUAGAUCCAGAUUUGGGUCUUUGUAGUAUACAGGUCGAUGACUUCUAUGCUGAAAAUCCAAAGUGGUUUGACUCUCCUUGUGAACAGGAUCCUAGCGCUAACGGUGAUGAUGGUGGAUUCCAGCCUGGGGGGAUUGUAUAG